GUACAAGAACAAAUCCAAGAAACAUAGGAGCCCAAUUUGUUUGUGUCUUGGUAAAGGGAUUCGGCUUCUCAUCCACAUACAGCCAGCGGCGGAAACAGAAACUAGCUACAUGGCUCCCCAGAAUUCAGAGACACCGUUAACUCGAGCUCAACGCCAAGAUGAGCUUCUGAACAUGUUUCCUGGCACUGCUAAGGUUAUUCUUCGUCCAAGAACAAAUCCAGAUGGCUCUGAAAUUGUUACCGUAACUGAUUAUGAGUUUCCUGAUCUUAGAUGUAAGCUCUGGUUGAAGAAUCUCUAUCAGGCAAUGCGUUUAUGUGGGAGGGAUCAUGGAAAUUUCGUAGCUGAUUUCCAAGGAGGGUUAAAGACAUUCUGUGGCAUUGAAGUGGACCUUGAUGAGAUGGAGAAGCCAAUAGAGAAUGGUUUUGCUACAUCUCCCAGUUCGGUUCAUCAAUGACUUCCUUGCAGAGAACCCUUUGUAGAUGUUGCAUUUGAUUUGAUGAGAUGUUUGUAGAUGUUGUUGCCAUACUCCAAACUGCUGUACAAAAUAUCAGAUCAGAUGAUUUUUCUCGAUUUUCUUUUGCUCA